GAAACAAUAUGCCUAACUUCACUUCCCUUUGGUUUCUCCUCUUUUCCUCCUAUCUUUUCUCCAACUUCUUGUUUGAUUCAACUUUUACAUAUUCAAAUGCAUCGACACUGUUCCCGCUUCAACAAGAAGGUGAUGCUCUAUUCCAAGCUGGUUGGUGGGUCAAUCAAAAUAUCUCACUUCGUUGUAAAUGGAAAGGCAUAACUUGUGAUGCUUCGGGAAGUAUUAUAAUGAUUCAGGUACGAAGGUCAUUGCCCAACGGGUCUACUCUACACAACUUGAAUUUCUCAUCUUUACCUAACUUGAAGGGUCUUUAUCUCAUUAAUUCUAGUCUCCAAGGGGGAAUUCCUCCCGAAAUAUCUCAACUCUCCAAACUCACCUCUUUGUUUUUAGGUUCAAAUGAUCUUUCCGGUGAAGUUCCUUCAGAAUUAGGAAACUUGACAAAUUUAUUAGAACUUGAUCUUAGAAACAAUAUGUUCACAGGUACGAUCCCUUCAACCAUAGGUCGUUUGAUCCAUUUAAAGACUCUAGAUCUUUCCCACAACCAAAUAGGUGGAUUUAUUCCAUCUCAAAUAGGGAACAUGAAGAGCUUGACAGGCCUGUAUUUAGGCAAUAACUUGAUCAUUGGUUCAAUUCCAUCCACGUUUGGAAAUUUAAGUAAUCUAUCUAAUCUUGUGAUGAAACAUAAUAAGCUUAUUGGCCCACUCCCUACCACCUUUUGGUCUUUAACUCAGUUGAUUUGGUUAAGUCUUUCCUACAACUACUUUAAUGAUUCAGUCUCUCAAAAAAUUCAAAAUUUUAAAGGCUUGGAAAUUCUUGAACUACACGAAAAUACGUUCUCGGGCCCAAUCCUUUUCUCUGUCGUCCAUCUUACUAAUUUAUCCAUCCUAAAUCUAUCGUCAAAUAGAUUCAAUGGAACCAUCCCGGUGCAAAUCGAUCAUUUAGAGAAAUUGAAUAUUUUGAAUGUUAGUUACAACAUGUUUAGUGGUCCAAUUCCUACGACUCUCGUGGGACUACUUUAUAGUACUCAUUCUCCCUCCUAUGUCUUAAAUAAUGGAAUUACAUUGGAGAUUGACUUCAGUCAUAACUUCAUCGAUGGUGAACUUCCCCGUUUCUCACUUGACAAUCAUUUAAGGCCUACAAGCAUCAACUUUAGCUACAAUAACCUCGUAGGCAAAAUUUCAGAUUCCUUCCUUUUCUUUAGAAAUGUCAAUUUAUCGUAUAACAAGUUUGAAGGCGAAGUUUGUGAUCAAAUUCUACAUCGUUUUGAUGUAAGUGCUGUUUUGGGUAAUCAAAAGCUUUGUGGCAGUAUUCCCCCGCUUCACCCUUGUGAUUCACAAAAUCAUGGAAUUUUCAAAAUGCUGAUGAUUCUGCUUCCCUCAGUUUUCUUUUUCGUUCUCUGUUUUUCUUGCUUCACUCUUGCCUCCAUAAGCGUUCCAUGUUUCUGAUUUAUGAAUACAUGGAGAGGGGAAGCCUAUUUUGGGUGUUGAGUAACGACACAGAAGCAAUGGAAUUGGAUUGGAAGAAAAGACUGAACGUCCUACAAAGAGUUUCACAUGCUUUGUCAUACAUACACCAUGAUUGCAUUACUCCAAUCAUUCAUCGGGACGUUACAACCUGUAAUAUACUUUUGGACUCAAAUCUAGAAGCUUUUCUAUCCGAUUUUGGUAUCUCAAGAUUACUUGAUCAUGAGUUAUCUUAUCAUACCACUGUUGGCGGCACUUGUGGAUAUAUAGCUCCAGAAUUAGCAUACUCUGUGGUCAUAUCAGAAAAAUGUGACGUCUACAGCUUUGGAGUGGUGGCAUUGGAAGUAAUAAUGGGAAAGCAUCCCCGAGAAUUAUUGACUUACUUGUGGUCUAAAUCUACUCCACGUAUAUUCAUCAAGGAUUUGUUAGACUCACGGCUCAAAUCUCCUUUACUCCAAAUUGGACUGACACAAAGUAUACUUCUCACAUUGACGUUAGCCUUUGCAUGUCUCCAUCCAAAUCCAAAAGCCCGACCUACAAUGCAACAUUUGACUCGAGAAUUCAACUUUCGAAGGCCCUAUCAGGUUGAACUCAUAUUUAACGAGAUUACAAUUGAUCAACUUGUAAAGCAAGAGAUUUAUUAUGUACAUCAGAUUUAGAAAUUAUUAAUUUAGAUUAUGCAUUUUCUCUUCA